GAGGCGGACAGCGGGCAGGGGGCACCCAGGACCGCCCCGCCCCGCUCGUCACGUGAAUUCCGACCGUCCCGCGGGUAGGAACCCGCCUCUGGAGCCAAUUGAAAUGAAAACGAGCCCAGGGCUCCUGGAUUGCCUCGUCUUCUCCAGGCCUCAGUUUACCCAUCCAAAUCCGAGCACGGGAGAACCCAAUGAUCCCUAACUUGGUGAGCCGCUGGAAGAUUCUGUGAGGUCGUUAGAGCGAGGGCAGGCCUCCAGCGACCGGCCAGUUCCCAGAGGCUAGCUGCCACUUUACUCUGGGCCUCGGUUUCCCCUUCCAGCUCAGCCCUUCAGUCGGCAGAGCUACUCGUGGGGGGAGUCCCUCCCCUUGUUCCGAAACCUACGUGGGAACUCCUGCCGCCGCUAGGUCCCCCGCCCCGGCCUGGGGCGGGGCUCACAGGAGGUGCUGGGCGCGAAUGAAGGAGCAAACUCAGGACCGCGAAGGUUCCGAUGGCCCCCACAUACCCCCUGCAGGUGCUCGGGUGCGCCCCCCGCCCGCGACCGCGCCGCAGAUGGGAUGCGAAGGCCGCACGAGGGCAGCACCUUGGGGGGCUCUGCAGUCACCCGCUCGCCCCUACCCUGCGAAGGAACAAAGACGGGAGGUGGGACCCCGGGCCGCCAGACUCCUUGGGGCGGGGCGGGGCGGGGCGGGCGACACCGCCUCCUUAAAGCCGGGCGGCGGGCUCGGUGCGCCACCCUCCCGGGACUGCCCCCGCUGCGCGCCGCUCUUUUCCUCCCGGCUCGGUCUGCGCGCCGCUUCUCCGCAGAGCAUGGGGCUGCCUCGGAGGGCGGGGGACCCGGCGGAGCUGCGCAAGAGCCUGAAGCCGCUGCUGGAGAAGCGCCGCCGCGCGCGCAUCAACGCGAGCCUGAGGCAACUCAAGGGGCUCAUCCUGCCGCUGCUGGGCAGGGAGAGCUCCCACUGCUCGAAGCUGGAGAAGGCGGACAUCCUGGAAAUGACCGUGCGCUUCCUGCAGGAGCUGCCCGCGUCCUCCGGCCCCGCGGCAGCGCCCGCGCCCUCCGACAGCUACGGUGAGGGCUACCGCGCCUGCCUGGCGCGUCUGGCCCGUGUGCUGCCCGCCUGCCGCGUCCUGGAGCCCGCCGUGAGCGCUCGCCUGCUGGAGCACCUGCGGCGGAGGGCGGCCGGCACCACCCCCGACGGGGGGCGCGCUGGGGACUCCUGCGGCCCUCCCGCGCCUUCCCCGCCGGCCGCGCCUGCGCCCGCGCCCCCUGAACCUCCCCGCGGCCUCUGGAGGCCCUGGUAGCCCCCUAGCCAGUCCACGGACCCUGCUGGCUGCAAGAGACCUGGGGCGCUGGGCAGACAGAGGAAACCCGUGGUGCCAGCUGCUGUUCCCGUCACGAGGUAGCAGCCCAGCAUCCACAGGCCGGAACCUGGAUGUUUGUGAUCUGUGUGGCGACUGAAGGCCAUGCGGGCUCAGCUUAAGGCAAUCAGUGGAGCAGCCCAGCCUCACCCCAACUUGGGUGCGUCUAGGUGGAGGCGAAGGGGGCAGGUGGCUGCAGAGGGAGGAAGGAGCCCCCCACUGCAGCGACUGGAGGUGGGCCCUGGUACCGGGCCAGCCAUGCUUGGGCAGCUGGCACCAGCCCGAAGACUGGGCCAGGAGCUCACGUCUAUUCUGACUGGUCACUGCCCUCCCAGUUGGGCCUGGCUCCUUAACAGCUCAGCUUUGGAACCUCUGGACACACAAUAGCAAUGGCCUGAGGGGCUCUACGGGCCGGGCGGCCAUCACCUCUGCUCCUGGGCUCUCCUGUCCCAUGCUUUCAGUUAUAGGGACCGGGUGCAGCCAAGGCUCUGUGUUGCUGGGGUUGGGGGCAUUGCAACAGGGCCUUGGACUUACUUGGACUUACUUCCCCAGCGUUAAGUUACCUCUAGGGGGUCUUGGGGUGUGAGGAAGGGGUGGGAUAAGGAGGGUGCCCUGUGGCCUCAAGGAAGCUUGUCGCUUGGAGGGCCUGGGCCCAGCAGAGUCCAUGCCAAUGUGAGGUGAGCAGGGCCUGUGUGUCACCCAGAGCGGCAGAAAUUCAGGGGAUAAGAACAAAUAAAGGAACGGGGAAACACCUUUCCUCAUUUUCUCUUGCAAA